AGGAUCAGAUUACUGCAGCUGGCAUAAAGUCAUCUUUUGUUUGUCAGUGUAGUUAGCUUUAAAGGUUUCUUUUUGUCAGCUUUUUAAUUUGGGUAUCCACAACAACUGAAUUGCUAGUGGAAAGUGGAAGGAAAAUCCUGCACUCAACACCAUUUUACAAAACCCUGUGUGUACACUUUUAAUCCCGCCCCUUCCUGAUUGAGAUUAGAUAUUGUGGAAUAAAUAUAACUUGCCAGCAAAGUUACAGCAGUCAGUGCUACAUGUUUGUGAAUUUCACAAAAGCACCGAGUGGCGGGCAGGGGAAGUUAAAGUCUGUCUUGUUUUAUUAUUGUAACUGUUCUUUGGACUUGCUGCUGUGAAACAACUGAAGUUUAGUCUAAGGACUUCACUAGAAACAAAAAAAUGUAGCUUGAAUUCUUCCAUGACAAACGAAAACAGUCUGGCUUCUACGUGGUUUCAAUAUCUGAGGUCCAAUAUGUCAGGCUUGCAUCUAACAAAGAAGGGCAGGGAGGAGCUAAAUCUGGAUCUUCAUCGGGAUUUCACUGUGGCCUCUCCUGCUGAGUUUGUCACCCGGUUUGGAGGAAAUCGAGUUAUUGAAAAGGUUCUAAUUGCCAACAAUGGUAUUGCAGCUGUCAAAUGUAUGCGGUCCAUCCGUAGAUGGUCCUAUGAAAUGUUUAGGAAUGAGAAAGCUAUUCGGUUUGUAGUUAUGGUGACUCCCGAAGAUCUGAAGGCCAAUGCAGAAUACAUCAAAAUGGCGGACCACUAUGUUCCAGUCACCGGAGGACCCAACAACAACAAUUAUGCAAAUGUGGAGUUGAUUGUGGACAUUGCAAAAAGAAUCCCAGUGCAGGCUGUGUGGGCUGGCUGGGGACAUGCUUCAGAGAACCCCAAACUUCCAGAGCUCCUUCAGAAGUACAACAUUGCAUUUUUAGGUCCUCCAAGCCAAGCUAUGUGGUCACUAGGUGAUAAAAUUGCCUCUACCAUUGUAGCACAGACUGCUGGGAUACCAACACUGCCUUGGAGUGGAAAUGGUCUGACUCUUGAAUGGACAGAAGAAGAUCAGAGACUGAAAAGGAUUGUCAGUCUUCCCAAGGAACUGUACUUGAGAGGGUGUGUGCGAGAUGCUACUGAAGGUUUAGAAGUUGCAGGAAAGAUUGGCUAUCCAGUAAUGAUCAAAGCAUCGGAAGGAGGUGGAGGGAAAGGUAUCCGUAAGGUUGAUAGUGCAGAUGACUUUUCCAAUCUCUUCCGACAAGUUCAGACUGAGGUUCCUGGCUCACCAAUCUUCAUCAUGCGAAUGGCCCAGCAUGCACGACACCUUGAAAUACAAAUUCUGGCCGAUCAGUAUGGUAAUGCCAUCUCGCUGUUUGGACGUGACUGUUCCAUUCAACGCCGACACCAGAAGAUUAUUGAGGAAGCCCCUGCAACUAUUGCACCUCAGUCAGUGAUUGAAUACAUGGAAAAGUAUGCUGUUCAAAUUGCCAAAAUGGUUGCAUAUGUCAGCGCAGGAACUGUGGAAUACCUCUACAGUCCAGAUGGCACUUUCUAUUUCCUGGAACUGAACCCUCGGCUGCAAGUGGAGCAUCCUUGUACUGAGAUGAUAGCAGAUGUCAAUUUGCCCGCUGCCCAGUUACAGGUUGCUAUGGGGAUCCCCUUGCACCGUAUUAAGGAUAUCCGAGUUCUGUAUGGAGAAUCUCCUUGGGCUGACUCACCAAUCAACUUCACAGAGCCAGUAAAUAUUCCAAGGCCCAGAGGUCACGUUAUUGCUGCCAGGAUCACAAGUGAAAACCCUGAUGAGGGAUUUAAGCCUAGCUCAGGAACAGUCCAGGAGUUAAACUUCCGUAGCAACAAAAAUGUCUGGGGAUACUUCAGUGUGGCAGCAGCUGGAGGACUGCAUGAAUUUGCUGAUUCCCAGUUCGGCCAUUGUUUCUCCUGGGGAGAAAACCGCGAGGAAGCUAUCUCGAAUAUGGUUUUAGCUCUUAAAGAACUCUCAAUCCGAGGGGACUUUAGAACUACAGUUGAGUAUUUGAUAAAGCUUCUGGAAACGGAGAGUUUUCAAUGUAACACCAUUGAUACUAGCUGGCUUGACCACCUCAUUGCAGACAAAAUUCAGGCAGAGAGGCCAGAUACAGUGCUUGGAGUGAUAUGUGGUGCUUUGCAUGUGGCAGAUUCAGCCUUUCAGACAAGCAUGACCAAUUUCCUGCACUCUCUGGAAAGAGGUCAGGUUCUCCCAGCCAGCAGCCUGUUAAACCUAGUGAACGUGCAGCUCAUUUAUGAAGAAACUAAAUAUUCCUUACAGGUAGCCCGUCAGUCACAGACUCUGUAUGUUGUUAUUAUGAAUGACUCUCACAUUGAGAUUGAUGUUCACCGAUUAAGUGAUGGAGGCCUCUUACUGUCCUAUGAUGGCAACAGUCACACUACCUACAUGAAAGAGGAGAUAGACAAGUAUCGGAUCACUAUUGGUAACAAGACUUGUGUGUUUGAAAAAGAGAAGGAUCCCACUCUGCUGCGGUCUCCCUCUGCUGGCAAACUCCUGCAGUACCUUGUUGAUGAUGGAGGACAUGUCUUUGCAGGACACUGUUAUGCAGAGAUAGAGGUGAUGAAAAUGGUCAUGGCGUUGACUGUGGAGGAGUCAGGAUGUGUGCAUUAUGUAAAGAGACCAGGAGCCUGUUUGGACCAGGGUUGCAUAGUAGCAAAAAUGGUAUUAGAUGAUCCGACAAAACUUCACCCAGCUCAAUUAUACACGGGCAUCUUUGAGUCACAGCAGUUGCUCAGUAUUGUUGGUGAGAAACUACACCAGGUCUUUCAUAGUAUGCUGGAGAACCUGAUCAACGUCAUGAAUGGCUACUGCUUGCCCGAGCCCUACUUCAGCAGCAAGGUUAAAAAAUGGGUCACAAGGCUGAUGAUGACUCUCAGAGACCCUUCGCUGCCUCUUCUUGAGUUGCAAGAUAUCAUGACCAGUGUCUCGGGCAGAAUCCCUGUGAGUGUGGAGAAGGCCAUCCGAAAAGUGAUAGCUCAGUAUGCCAGUAACAUCACUUCUGUGCUCUGUCAGUUUCCAAGUCAACAGAUUGCAGACAUCCUAGACAGCCAUGCUGCCACUCUUCAGCGGAAAGCAGACAGGGAAGUUUUCUUUAUGAACACGCAGAGUGUUGUCCAGUUGGUACAACGGUUUCGAAGUGGGAUUCGUGGACACAUGAAGUCAAUUGUUCUGGACCUGUUGAGGAGAUAUUUGAACGUUGAAACACAGUUUCAGCAAGCUCAUUAUGACAAAUGUGUGAUCAAUCUGAGGGAACAGUUCAAACCCAACAUGACGCCUGUGCUCGACUGCAUCUUCUCUCAUGCGCAGGUGGCCAAGAAAAAUGAUCUGGUCAUCACACUAAUUGAUCAGCUUUGUGCCCGAGAUCCCACACUGACAGAUGAGCUGAUGGUGAUUUUAAAUGAACUGACACAACUCAGCCGAACGGAGAACUCCAAGGUAGCUCUGCGAUCCAGGCAGGUUCUGAUCGCUUCACACUUGCCUUCCUAUGAGCUGCGACAUAAUCAGGUGGAGUCCUUGUUCCUGUCUGCUAUUGUUAUGUACGGACACCAGUUCUGCCCUGACAAUCUAAAGAAAUUGAUCCUCUCAGAGACUUCCAUUUUUGAUGUCCUUCCCAAUUUUUUCUAUCAUGUCAACCCAGUGGUACGGAUGGCUGCUUUAGAGGUUUAUGUACGUAGAUCAUAUAUCGCCUACGAACUCAACAGCGUACAGCAUCAUCAGCUGCACAAUGGGAUUCGUGUAGUAGAUUUCCAGUUUCUGCUUCCUUCAUCUCAUCCAAACAGAGGAAGCAAUCCUACGAUAUGCAGGAUGUGUAUUCCGCAUUAUGAACUGAAUCGGCAGAGCAAUGAUCCAUACAUGACCAGCAUACAGACAUCUCUGUGUCAACGAAUGGGUAUUAUAGUUGCGUUUGAAACAUUCGAUGACUUUGUUAAAAACUUUGAAGAAGUGAUUGGCUGCUUUGCUGACCCAUCUCUGGAUAGUCCAUUAUUUUCUGAGACAAGGUCAACCUUCUUUGAUCAGGAAGACAGUAAGGAUUUGAAGGACGAACCCAUCCAUAUUCUGAAUAUUGCACUCAGAGAUGGUGAUUGCGAGAAAGAUGAUGAAUUGGUGAUGAUCUUCAGUAUAUUCUGUCAAUCCAAGAAAGUCCUUUUGUGUGAGUAUGGAAUCCGACGAAUCACCUUUCUAGUUGGACAGAAGCGAGAAUUCCCCAAGUACUUCACCUUCAGGGCAAAUGCAGAGUUUGCAGAAGAUCGUAUUUAUCGGCAUUUGGAUCCAGCCUUGGCUUUCCAGCUGGAACUCAACCGGAUGCAAAACUUUGACCUCACUGCUAUUCCGUGCGGUAACCACAAGAUGCACCUGUACCUAGGUGCUGCCAAGGUGAAGAAGGGAACAGAGGUCACUGACUACAGGUUUUUUGUCCGCGCCAUCAUCAGACAUCCUGACCUCAUUACUAAGGAAGCCUCUUUCGAAUAUCUACAAAAUGAGGGGGAGCGCCUGCUGCUUGAGGCCAUGGAUGAACUAGAAGUGGCUUUUAACAAACAGACUGUGCGCACCGAUUGCAACCAUAUUUUCCUUAACUUUGUGCCGACUGUAAUAAUGGAUCCAAUGAAGAUUGAAAAGUCUGUCCAUGAAAUGGUGAUGAGAUAUGGAAGCAGAUUGUGGAAACUCAGGGUCAUGCAAGCUGAACUGAAAAUAAAUAUCCGUCUAACUCCCGCUGGAAAUGCAAUCCCAAUCCGCUUGCUCCUCACUAAUGAAUCUGGAUAUUAUCUGGAUAUGAGCCUAUAUAAGGAGGUGGCAAAUGCUAGAACCGGACAGAUCAUGUUCAUUUCAUAUGGAGAAAAACAAGGACCCCUCCACGGAAUGUUGAUGAGCACUCCGUAUGUCACGAAAGACCUGCUCCAGGCAAAACGGUUUCAGGCACAGUCCUUGGGAACAACCUAUGCAUAUGAUUUUCCUGAAAUGUUUCAACAAGCUCUCUUUAAGAUGUGGGGAUCUGAUGUGGAAUAUCCAAAAGAAACACUGCAGUGCACAGAACUUGUGCUUGACUCUCAUGGUCAGCUGGUACAGAUGAAAAGAAUUCCUGGAAGUAAUGAGGUAGGAAUAGUGGCUUGGAAAAUGAGUUUAAAAACUCCAGAGUAUCCUGAGGGGCGUGAAAUUGUUGUCAUUUGUAAUGACAUCACUUUUAAGAUUGGCUCAUUUGGCCCAGAGGAGGAUUUGCUGUUCCUGCGGGCAUCACAAUUCGCCAGAGCUAAAGGAAUUCCAAGAAUUUAUAUAGCAGCUAACAGUGGUGCCAGGAUUGGGCUCGCUGAAGAGAUAAGGCACAUGUUCCAGGUUGCUUGGGAGGAUCCAGAUGAUCCGUACAAGGGCUUCAAGUACCUGUAUUUAACACCCCAGGACUACACCAGAAUUAGCUCUAUUAAUUCAGUGCACUGUGAGCAUGUGGAAGAGGAUGGAGCAUAUAGAUAUGUCAUAACUGACAUUAUUGGCAAGGAGGAAGGCUUGGGGGUGGAGAACCUACGUGGAGCUGGUACCAUUGCUGGAGAAUCCUCCCUAGCUUACAAUGAUAUUGUUACAAUCAGUCUGGUAACAUGUCGUGCAAUUGGAAUCGGAGCAUACUUGGUGAGAUUAGGACAACGUGUCAUCCAAGUGGAGAAUUCACAUAUUAUUCUCACUGGAGCCAGUGCACUGAACAAGGUUCUUGGUCGUGAAGUGUACACAUCCAACAACCAGCUGGGUGGAGUUCAUAUAAUGCACAACAAUGGGAUUUCACACAUCACUGUUCCUGAUGAUUUUGAAGGAAUUUAUACCAUUUUAGAAUGGCUCUCUUACAUGCCUAAGAACAAUACAAGCCCAGUGCCUAUAAUCUCCCCCAAGGAUGGCCCUGAGAGGCAAAUUGAUUUUGUACCAAGCAAAGCCCCAUAUGAUCCUCGCUGGAUGCUGGCUGGCAGACCUCAUCCAACUGUCAAAGGUGCUUGGCAGAGUGGUUUCUUUGACCAUGGAUCCUUCAAGGAAAUUAUGAAACCUUGGGCACAAACGGUAGUGGUGGGAAGAGCAAGGUUAGGAGGAAUCCCUGUGGGAGUUAUUGCAGUGGAAACUCGGACUGUUGAAAUGACGAACCCAGCAGAUCCAGCUGACCUGGAAUCAGAGUCAAAAAUUGUUCAGCAAGCUGGACAGGUGUGGUUUCCAGACUCUGCCUUUAAGACAGCACAAGUUAUUAAAGACUUCAAGCGAGAACAGCUUCCGCUCAUGGUUUUCGCUAACUGGCGGGGGUUUUCUGGUGGAAUGAAAGAUAUGUACGAUCAGGUUCUGAAGUUUGGUUCCAGUAUUGUAGAUAGUUUAAGGGAAUUCCAGCAGCCAGUGCUGGUUUACAUUCCCCCGCAUGCUGAACUCCGAGGUGGUUCGUGGGCAGUUAUUGAUCCAACGAUCAAUCCGCUUUACAUUGAGCUGUAUGCAGACAAAGAAAGCAGAGGAGGUGUGCUGGAACCUGAAGGAACUGUGGAAAUCAAGUUCAAGCGGAAAGAUUUGGUGAAAACGAUGAGGAGGCUUGACACCAUUUGUUCAGACCUUGUUGACCAGUUGGGUUCUCCUGAGCUUUCUGAGGAAGUCCGCAAAGACCUAGGAGCCAAAUUGAAAGCACGAGAGGACUAUUUAUUUCCGAUUUACCACCAAGUGGCAACGCAGUUUGCUGAUCUCCACGACACUCCUGGUCGGAUGCAGGAGAAAGGAGUUAUUACAGAUGUUUUGGAGUGGAAGACUGUCCGUGCAUUUUUCUACUGGCGUCUGCGGCGACUGUUGCUGGAGGAGGUGGCAAAACAAGCCAUUAUAAAAGCAAACCAGGAGCUGAGUGACGGCCACAUUAAAUCCAUGUUGCGGAGGUGGUUUGUAGAGACAGAAGGCACUGUGAAGGCGUAUCUGUGGGACAAUAACCAACAUGUGGUGGCAUGGCUGGAGCAGCAUCUCAAUGAAGAGGACAAUACUCGCUCUGUAAUAUGGGAGAACAUCAAGUAUCUGAAGCGGGAUUAUGCACUAAAACACAUUCGCAACUUGGUUCAAGCAAAUCCAGAGGUGGCAAUGGAUAGUAUUAUCCACAUGGCACAACACAUCACACCAGCCCAACGCGCACAGAUCAGUCAUCUCUUAACGGCCUUGGAUGACCCUGUAUCACCGUAAGUGAUGGCCAUACUGGAUAUAUAAUAUCAGCAAGACUGACCAGGAUUCAUAUCACAUACAAAUUAAGGAAAUGUGAGGCGGGGUAAUUUCAGAAGUAUUGACCCUGUGCAUUCUCCAAAUCGUUUGCUGAUGAUCCAUGAACAAAUAAUGGUGGAAAUUAUAUCCACAAAUGUGUAAUUGAUUUUCUGAGUCUUGGCCAUAGGGCUCAUGGUGCUCUGAAAAUAAGUUGACUUUGGUGCAAAAGUUUGACAUGAAAUUAACUUGGUUUUCUAUUGCCUGAGUAUGCACACACUCAAGCAAACAUCUAACUAGCCUCAGCAUCAGGAUACUAGCUGAAUGAUGUGCAUAAAGCCCGUUCUGGGACUGUUUGAAACACUGAAUAGCAUGACAAUUCGUGAGGUUUCUGGGUUGUCUUUGCCUGUUAAGUGUAAUCCAGAUUGUGUAUUGCACAAAAGCAAAACAAAACCCUUUAUUGUCAGUUAAAUAUUGAUUGUGUUGAGUUUAAUAAUGCUUAAUCUUAAGUGAUAAACUUUGAUCUUAUACAAAAACUUGCUACAAUGUAGCAAUUGAAAUUAUAUCAUAUUAAAUAUCUAUUUUCCUUGUCCGAAAAAAGCCCUCAAUCAAAAAUUCUUGCAUGAGACCAUAUUGAACACGAUCUUUGUUACCAAAUAUCAUUUUUUAAUGAUUGCUUCUGUAGGCAGUGCAGUUCAGAAGGCAAAUUCUGCUCUUCUGAAUAAAUACAAAUAAAAUUAUUCUUGCAUGGGGCCCAGCCAUGGUGAUUGCCACUAGCAAUAAUAAUUAAGUGAACGUAAAGUAACCCAAAGCAACACACACAAAAUGCUGGAGGAACUCUUCAGGUCAGGCAGCAUCAAUGAAGGGGAUUAAACAGUCGACAUUUUGGGCCAAGGCCCUUCUUCAGGAAUGAAAAUGAAAGACGAAAAUGCUGGGGCGGUGGGGAAGAGGAAGGGAAGGAGUACAAGCUAGAAGGUGAUAGGUGAAGUUUAUAAAAUGCUGAAAAUUCAUUCAUCUGUAAGUUGGUGACCAAACUCAGACUAUUCCUGCUCCUUUAGGUCUUUAUAACAAGGAGAUUUUUUUUUGCCUGCCACACUACAAUCAUACUAUUUAGUUUCAUCAUUAGCACUUCGUAAUUUUAAUCAUCUCAAGCACUAUUACGAGACCCAGAGCAUGAUAUUAAAGUUAUGCAAAGACUGAUUCUAAAGCAAGUUAUUGGAUAAAAAUUGGUUAUAUUGCAAAUAAGAGUAUCAAUAUUGCCAUAUGGUUCAUCCUGAGGAUAUUAAUUAUUGUUUUUAUUGUAAUUAUGCCAUUAAAAUACAUUAUAUACAUUUAUCUGAGUUAGGUUGUCC